AUGAGGCGCAUCCAGGUUCCGCAGCGGGAUUCGGCAAAGUUGCCAGGUGCGGUCGGCCCACAAUCUGAUUGUGUGGCGCGGCUUUUGGGCACUGAGCAGAUGCCCGCGUCCGAUAGGGAGACGGAGAGAACGAUGACGAUCACCACCUCCUGGGAACGACGUCAGCGUGAACUCGUUCUGGCCGAUUUGAGCCACGAGUAG